AUGGCAUGUGACUCAAGGCCCCACUCAACCUACCCCGAGGAUGUGAAUUAUGAAUGGGUCCUGACCAUCAGGAGAGUGUUUGAAACGGAAGCAUCCAACCAAUCUGCCAUGACAGGAUUUGUUUUGCUUGGCCUCUCUGCCCAUCCGAAACUAGAGAAAACGUUCUUUGUGCUCAUCCUCCUGAUGUACCUGGUGAUCCUGCUGGGCAACGGGCUCCUCAUCGUGGUGACCCUCCUUGACUCCCGCCUGCACACGCCCAUGUACUUCUUCCUGGGGAACCUCUCCUUCCUGGACAUCUGCUACACAACCUCCUCAGUCCCUCUAGUCCUGGAUGGCUUCCUCACUCCCAGGAAAACCAUCUCCUUCACAGGUUGUGCCGUGCAGAUGUUUCUCUCCUUUGCCAUGGGAGCCACGGAGUGUGUGCUUCUGGGCAUGAUGGCAUUUGAUCGCUAUGUGGCCAUCUGUAACCCCCUUAGGUAUCCUGUGGUCAUAAGCAAGGCUGCCUACGUGCCCAUGGCUGUCAGCUCCUGGGCGGCUGGUGGAGUUCACUCCCUGGUGCAGAUCUCUCUUGCAGUACAAUUACCCUUCUGUGGGGACAAUGUCAUCAACCACUUCACCUGUGAGAUCCUGGCUGUCCUAAAGUUGGCCUGUGCUGACAUCUCCAUCAAUGUGAUCAGCAUGGGGGUGGCCAAUGUGAUCUUCCUGGGAGUCCCAGUUCUGUUCAUCUUUGUAUCCUACAUCUUCAUCCUCACCACCAUCCUGAAGAUCCCCUCAGCUGAGGGGAGAAAAAAGGCCUUUUCCACCUGCUCUGCCCACCUUACUGUAGUGGUCAUCUUCUACGGGACUAUUCUUUUCAUGUAUGGGAAGCCCAAAUCUAAGGACCCCCUGGGAGCAGACAAGCAGGACGUUUCAGACAAGCUCAUCUCCCUCUUCUGUGGACUGCUGACUCCCAUGCUCAACCCCAUCAUCUACAGCCUCAGAAACAAGGAUGUUAAGACUGCUGUGAAGAACCUGGUGAGUCAGAAAUACUUUGCCCAGUGA